UGCGGUUAUCCUCGCAAUUCCACUGCACCUGCAUCGAACUAUCCAAACCCACAGACGUAUUCGCGAUGAGUUUACAGGUCGAACCCGAACGGAGUGGAUAUUCCGAGUCAAGAUACCGAAGAUGGCUUGAGCUUGCCCUCGCUCUCUUCGGCUGCGUGCGCUCGGCAGCGGCUGCUUCCCUCCACGGACUCCGGAUCACAGAGUCCGUUACAAGAGACCGUGUCACACACACACACACACACACACUCGGCAAGUUUAUUUUUCUGUGACGGCUCUUCUGGAGCGGUAAAGCCAAAGCGGUCGUUACGGUGUGGUGCAUCUGGAGAUCGAGCGCUAACGAAGGCCGACGUUACUGCAAUCACUUUCGAGAAACUCAAGGAAGCAGUGGGUGCAGCGCGAACGCCAGCGACCGGCGUGGAGUGGACGUAAAGCUUGCUUGUGCUUGCUUCGCCGCGUCCGGACUGGCUGGCAUCUUACUCGGCUACCAGCAGCUUGGAUUGCGUGCGUGCAGUAAGUAUCCGGGGCAGCGACAGAUUCCGUGGGACACCGGAGGUAGAUACAGGAGGUGGGCAAAGGAAUCGAUUUCCGAGCCUUACCUUUCGGGGUGCAUCGCCAGAGCAGGGGGCCAUGGCAUCAGACGCGCACGGACGGCGAUCAAAAUAGAACGCAGGGAGGGUUCGGAAGAUGGAUGUUGCGAUGUGGGUGGUCG